ACUAAAUGUCUAAAUUAUUCAUAUAUAAUCUCAAUCUCACUGCAAGCAUUACAACCCCAUUUGUACAUGGUAUGGAUGUUCACCUUCUUCUCUUUGUGGUUUUAUUUUGGUUUGUAAUACAAGGAAAUGCUUCUCAUCAACUACUAUUACCAGAAGAGAUAUAUUGGAAAUCCAUGUUACCAAACACUCCCAUGCCCAAAGUUAUACACAAUCUUAUACAACCUGGGAACGCAAGCACAAUUUUUUCAGAAGCACAAGAAAACACCGAUCCAUUCCCUCUAGAUCCGAGGAGGGCAAGAUAUGGAGUUGCGUAUAUAGGGCAAGAGGGAGGUGAAAAUGUUCAAAAAAGUACCGUAGCCAAUUCUACGACUGUAUACUUCUUAAUUGACGAUCUUAUCCCUGGUAAAAAUAUGAUGCUUACAUUUACCAAAUCAACAAAUGGGUCCAAUUUCUUACCACAACAAUUUGCACAAACUAUACCCUUUUCAACCGACAAUUUUUCAGACAUUUUGAACUAUUUUUCUAUAAACCCUACGUCGAAACAAGCUCGAAUUAUGAAAGAAACAAUAGAAGAAUGUGAGGCUCCAGGAGUUAAGGGAGAAGAGAAAUAUUGCUCUAUAUCUUUAAAAUCAUUAGUUGAUUUUGUUGUGUCGAAAUAUGGAAAUAAAGUUGAAGUAUUUGCUAACGAAGCAGAAGAAGAAAAUAAGAAGCAAAAAUAUAUAAUUUUGGAGGAAAUUAAAAUGAUUGGAGACAGUCAAAUAGUAUGUCACAAGCAGAGGUACCCUUAUGCUGUGUUUUACUGCCAUAUAAUAAUGGCGACGGAGGCUUACUUGGUUCCAUUAGUUGGGGAAGAUGGCUCUAAAGCUGAAGCAGUUGUUGUUUGCCAUAUGAAUACUUCAUCUUGGAACCCUAAUCAUUUGGCUUUUCAACUUUUGAAAGUUAAGCCUGGAGGUCCUCCAAUUUGUCACUUCCUUAAUAGUGACACUAUUGUUUGGAUUCCUAGCUAGCUUUUGCUAGAUAUUUAAUGGGUAAUAAACUAUGUGAGUUAAUUUAGUUACAAAACGAAUAUUAUUUUUUGUUAUUAAAGUUAUGAUUUUGUUUCAUUAGAGAUCACUUGCCGGAAAGUGAUGCUAACUUACAAUAUUUCACAUUAAAUUCCACAUCAUUUAAAAGUUAGUACCCAUUGUUUUUCCUCGCCAGCCGUUUCCAAAUUUUCAUUACGUAGUUUUUAUAUUGUUUUUAUGUUUUCGGGUUCGUUAUGUGACCCAGUUAAUGGGAUUCAAAAAUAGAUUAUAAGGUCGACUAGUGUCUAUUUUGACUUUCUUGAUGAGUUCCCAUUAAUCUGUUUAAAUAUUUAUUUUGUUAUUUGAUAGGAGUAAACUACUUUUAUGUUUCUAAGUGUUUUCUGUAUUACUUUCACUUGUUUUGCCACGCUUUUUGGCUAUUUCAUAUGCCUUGUUGCGUGAGUUUGUGUUGUAGGUAAAAUGCAGCAAAACGGAGUAUUUUGGGCUUAAAUGAAGUUAGAAUCAACAAAUCCGAAAAAGGGCAAGUAGUGGACCAAAAAGAUGGCAAGAACGCAUGUGACAAUCCAACCCUGCUGUACUAAUUGGUGAAUAUGAACCAGCUAGAAGCUUCAAAUUAAUUUGUGUUCUUCAUAAACGUUGAACUAGACAUCCUAAACUUUCCAACGGUUCAAGAAUCAGCUCAUUUGGAGGUGUCUACAAAGAGUUAUGAAGAUUUUAAGUCAGUGGAUCUGCGUGAGUCCUCCCCUCGAGGCAAUCGAGCUCGAUUGAGCCAUAACCUUCGGCAAUCGAGCUCGUGAGCCUAACCCUUCGUGAAUCGAGCUCAAUCGAGCUCUGAGGCUUAAUGAAUUGAGCUCGAUCAAGCUCCAUGCUGAUGACAUUUGAAUUUGGGUCUUUUUAAAGAAAAGACAAGAGGUGGACCCAUUUCGGAUUUGGGCCAACACACCUAGGUACUAGGAACUUUUUUGAAGCUCAUGAAUGUAUGAUUUGGGUUAGGGUUUGAGCUUGUUGUUGUUGUUCUAAUUGAUAUUCCUAAUGCUUGUUUUAGUUUAGCUACCUAAAGCAUGAUUCUAGGUUGGUUAACACUUUGAGAGAAGGUUAAUUAAUUAGAUAGAUUAAUUAGGAUCCUAAUUGAUGACACCAUGAGAGUGGGUUAGAGAUUAGGAAACCUUAGAGUUGAUUGUUAAUUGGCUUGUUAAUCCUGUUUAGUGCCACGAUAGUGGAUUAAGCUUGGUUGGUUGGCU